CGGAACUUGGCUAUCGAAAUGCCUCAGCUUGAGGAAGGACUUAAUCUCACGAAUGAAGCAUUCAAGGCAAAGUUUGGACGUGAUAAGCCCAGCCCAAGCACGGAAGUGAUAUUUCACUGUAAGAUGGGUGGACGAGCGCAAAAGGCGACGGAUCUUGCUUCGAGUCUUGGUUUUAUCAACGCCCGUAACUACAAGGGAUCUUGGACGGAGUGGACCGCAAAACAGGGCAAGUGAUAUGAAUAGCUCAAUCCCAACACGAGAUUGCGAACAAAACAUUCCCAGUUAACAGUUGAUGGCUUAAUAAAUCCCAAUCUCAACUAUACGUCAUUCCACAACUUUUUAAACAACGUAAGGAAAUGUUUGCGAUGACAAUUUCUUGGAUAAGAUUUUUAUUGGAAAUUAAUUCUUCUAUUCUUUUUUGGUGUAUAACCUUUUGUUUGAGCACAUACGGCUAUCAGUUGACGUUCCUAAGAUAAAUAGAAGUAGUUGUGCACUCCUGCAGAUCCUGCAGAUUAACCAAGGAAGGUAUGGGAAGCUGGAUUCAUUAGUCGUACCGUGGGAUUAUCUCGCAGAGAAGAAGAAGAAAAUUUUACUUUAUUUGGUGAAAGAAUCGCUUUGUUUAAAUUACCUCUGGAAACCUUUUUGUAGUCCGACUAACCAACACGAUUAACAAAAUAGCUUAAUAUUUCUUUCCAGGCACCAUAUAAGAAUAAGAAAUUUAUUAAAUGGUUUUCUAAUUAGUAGAACAUUUCACGUUCUACGGGAAUAGUUUUAUUGAAAAAAAGAGCGAAAAAAAGCGCUUCUACUUUUUGACGCUUUGAAUCGCAUCGUUAACGACGGCAGCUCGCUCUUCUUUGGUGUGAUUCGCAGGAAGAUUGCGAACGCCUUCCUUGAUCGCGUCAGCUUUUGCUUGUUGCUUGUCCAUUUUCGAUUGGCUUUCGAUCCUCUUCUGUAUAGCUUCCAGUAACUGUGACACAGUAGUGCUUUGAUCGCUUGUUUGGGGGUUUGUAAUGAAGUCACGACUGUUGCACUUGCUUUUUAUAUUAAAAUCUUGCUUAGAAUCACACGGAAAAGGUUGCAAUGCGUUGGAAAUCGACUGUUUAGCUCCUCAUACCCUGUGCUACAUACUUUGUAAUGUAAUUAGUAGUUUAUAAAGAAACGAAGUCAUUACGAAACAAAAUAAGACGUGUAUAAAACUAUACAAUGUAUCAUAUUUGUUUGAUUAAAGACGCAUUCUUAAAUAGAGUAUACUUAGUUGUGAUCCGAAUUUGUUCAUUUGCCAUUGCCCGUCUGUUUCUUGUUUGGAUCUUUACCCACAUUCGAUGCUUGUGCUACAGGCAACUGUUUGUGUCCCACAACUUUGUAAGGGCGAAAGGAAAAGGUUUCGCAUUUUUUUUUCCCAUGAAGCCUAUUUGAAAUCAACAAUUUCCUUUCAAUACAAAAGUCUUGCAAUAAGAUUAAGUGUGGUCGUAUGAUGAUAAACGAACGGAUGUCUGAAAAGUAAAUACAUUUCACACGACUUUGUUGGUGCAUUUUUGAUACAUUUUUGCAGAUAUUAUUGUUCGAGUUCGUUCGAUUAUGUGUUUGAUUGAAGAUAAACAUCUGGCACGUCUGGCUGUGCUUUUUGUUGUUGCCCAAGACCAUUCUUUAUGCAGUUUCUUUGUUUAGAAGGCAUACAUGCUGGAAUUGUACAUUGUAUUUAUGAAUUAAAUUACUUUUCAUUCUGUGGAAAUUAUAGCAUGAAUUCUUAUAGGAUAGAAAAAUCAUGAGAUGUUACUUGCUUGUAUGAAUAAUACUUUCAAGAAUAGGUAUUUAAUAGCUUGUUAAGGCCGUUUGCAUUUCGUUUAGUUUGGCAUGAUUUAAUAGCUAGGUAUAUCAAUUUAAAACUGCAAAACAAAAGGACUAAACUUGUUAUCAAAUUACGUUAGUCCGUUUAAAUGUUGCCAAAGUUUAGAAUAUAUUUGUUGUGUGAAUCAUAUUUGUUUUACUUUAUCACAGAAUCACAGAAUGAUCUUUUAACCAGGCAUGGCAGUUUCAAGUGAUAUUAAAUACGAUACAAUGUCGUUCGUGGGACACAAACAGUUGCCUGUAGUACAACCAUCGAAUCGAAUGGGAAAGAUUCAAACAAGAAACAGACGGGCAAUGGCAAAUGAACAAAUUCGGAUCACAACUAAGUAUACUCUAUUUAAGAAUGCGUCUUUAAUCAAACAAAUAUGAUACUUUGUAUAACUUUAUACACGUCUUAUUUUGUUUCUUAAUGACUUAGUUUCUUUAUAAACUACUAAUUACAUUACAAAGUAUGUAGCACAGGGUAUGAGGAGCUAAACAGUCGAUUUCCAACGCAUUGCAACCUUUUCCGUGUGAUUCUAAGCAAGAUUUUAAUAUAAAAAGCAAGUGCAACAGUCGUGACUUCAUUACAAACCCCCAAACAAGCGAUCAAAGCACUACUGUGUCACAGUUACUGGAAGCUAUACAGAAGAGGAUCGAAAGCCAAUCGAAAAUGGACAAGCAACAAGCUAAAGCUGACGCGAUCAAGGAAGCCGUUCGCAAUCUUCCUGUGAAUCACACCAAAGAAGAGCGAGCUGCCGUCGUUAACGAUGCGAUUCAAAGCGUCAAAAAGUAGAAGCGUUUUUUUCCGCUCUUUUUUUCAAUAAAACUAUUCCCGUAGAACGUGAAAUGUUCUACUAAUUAGAAAACCAUUUAAUAAAUUUCUUAUUCUUAUAUGGUGUCUGGAAAGAAAUAUUAAGCUAUUUUGUUAAUCGUGUUGGUUAGUCGGACUACAAAAAGGUUUCCAGAGAUAAUUUAAACAAAGCGAUUCUUUCACCAAGUAAAGUAAAAUUUUCUUCUUCUUCUCUGCGAGAUAAUCCCACGGUACGACUAAUGAAUCCAGCUUCCCAUACCUUCCUUGGUUAAUCUGCAGGAUCUGCAGGAGUGCACAACUACUUCUAUUUAUCUUAGGAACGUCAACUGAUAGCCGUAUGUGCUCAAACAAAAGGUUAUACACCAAAAAAGAAUAGAAGAAUUAAUUUCCAAUAAAAAUCUUAUAAAAGAAAUUGUCAUCGCAAACAUUUCCUUUCGUUGUUUAAAAAGUUGUGGAAUGACGUAUAGUUGAGAUUGGGAUUUAUUAAGCCAUCAACUGUUAACUGGGAAUGUUUUGUUCGCAAUCUCGUGUUGGGAUUGAGCUAUUCAUAUCACUUGCCCUGUUUUGCGGCCCACUCCGUCCAAGAUCCCUUGUAGUUACGAGCG